AUGAAAGCGUACGCAGAAGAGCAUAACAUCAUGGCUCAGCCUCGGCGAAGCUUGAUUGGAAGUAUGAAAGGAGAAAAAAUCUUGUUGGCCACACCCCUCCUCAAAUGGUAUUUAGAACACGGCCUGGAAGUCACCAAAGUGCACCAAGUGGUUGAAUUAACCCCUGUGCCCUGUUUUAAACCCUUUGGAGACGCUGUGUCCGACGCUAGGAGAGCUGGGGAUGCGGAUUCUAGGAAGGCCAUCAUUGCAGAUACCAUGAAACUGGUAAGUUUGUGUUUCAUUUUUUGGGGGUUAUAGUGAAGGGAAAAAAGGCACCUUUCAUAGGCAAUAAACGUAUACAAUUCCGGCUACGGAAAAACCAUCACUAACCAGUUGAACCACAGAAACGUGGAAUAUUGCAGUGACGCAGAGGCCAGCCGAAAAGGCAACACUCCCCUGUUCCGGAAACUGGAUAAUAUCACAGAAGACAGUUACGAAGUAGAGUCUUGUAAGAAAACUAUUAAGUUAAACUUACCUAUUCAAAUCGUUUUUUUUUUUUGGUGUAUCAGUAUGCUAAGUAACGCAUGCUGCAGUUUUAUUAUGAUUUUUUCGAUAAAUAUUUAG